UUAUAGACCCACCUGGAAGGUCUGAUGCGAAACAUAGUGAAGCAUCUAUCCCCACCUGGAAGGUCCUGAUGCGAAACAUAGUGAAGCAUCUAUCCCUACCUGGGAUACGAAGUGUCCUUUCUCCGAAAGAAGGUCAAUGUUUAUCAGCUUUGCGUUUAAUGCAAAACCCAGUUCCAGCUCCAGUAGGAAAUCCACCCAUUCAAAAUCCUGCUGAAAACCCAGCACCAGCUCCCGAUGACGAUCUCAUAUCAUUUAACGAAAACCCACCGACGCACCAGCCGAGAGAAGCAACCGCGCCGGCACUCGACCCAGAGGUAGGCCCUAGUACGAAGCGAAACAAAACUAUCUUAAUCCAUAAAAAUAUAGCAAAUGGAAUUGAGUUUUAUAAUGGAAAAAGAAAAUGGUAUGGUGUUAAAGAAGAUUUUCACGCAUUAUAUAACAAAUAUCAUUUUAUUAAAGCAGAUAAUACUGAAACAGUUAUAGAAACAUAUAAAAGAAUUAUCGAAGAAUCAGAAGCUAUAGCAGAAAAGACAAAUAGGCAGGUUGAUAUGCGGAAAUCAGGAAGUUAUACUUUAACGAGUUUAAAACUUUUUCGAGAGACAACUUUAGCACCAAAAAGAAGUGAAAAAAUAGACGAAAAAGAAAAUGCUUGGCUAAAUUUAGCAUCAACCGGCGCUCUAGUAUUUGCAGAAAAAUAUGAAGGAGAAGCCAACCAAUAUGACGUAAAUUCAAUGUAUAUAUAUGAAAUGUUAAAGAAAGAAGCAUCAUGGCCAAUUGCACCAGGUAAGUUCCAUACUAUAGACGUAUCUUUAGUAGAAAAGUGGACUAAAUUCCCAUAUGGAAUUUAUAAAGCAACAAUAGAAGGAAAUCCACCGAAGAAAAGUCUCCAAUGUACAAGAUAUUUGCGAUAUAAUCCACAUGGGAUUUAUACACAUUAUGAUUUAGAAUGUGCUAAGAAAAAUGGUCUAAAAGUAUAUUUAAUGAAUGAUUCUCCAAAUGCGAUUAUAUAUGAAAUAAGUACACGCAUUACUGGAAGUGAUAUGUUUGGAAAAUGGGGUAAUAUACUAUACAACAUUAAGAAAGAAGGUGGAACAGCAGGAAAAGUAAGUAAAGCAUUAUUAGUUUCAUUAUGGGGAGCAUUAUGCGAACAAAGAAAUGGACAAAAUUAUGGAGUACAUCCACGAAUAAAACCAUUCUUAUUAGCAUCUGCACGAAAAAGAAUAUCAGAAAUCGUGAAACCAUUAAGAAAUCGAGUAAAGCGCAUUCAUACGGAUGGAUUUAUAGUAGCAGGGCAAGUAAAUCUCAAAACAGGUAUAGAAAUGGGAGAGCUAAAAUUCGAGAAAAGAGGAGUUUGUGUAGUAAAAAAUUAUAAAGAGCGGAAUACAAAGUUAACAGUAAAAAGUAAAGCACCAAAAAGAUAUGAUAUAAAUCUUCCGAAUGAAAUUAUAAUAGAAAUAUUUCAACAUUUACGAACACAAAAUGAUAGCUUAUGUGGUAAUAAUGAAUUAUUGUUUCCA